AUGGUACCAUUAGCACAGCAAAAUCCCAAUAUCAUGCAGAUGUUGGAGAAAUGCUUUCUGAACGGGGUAACUGUGAGCAACAGGAGCCAAGUUGGGUCACCUUUCAAAAGCAACACGCCUUCAGGGUUGCCAAAAUGGAGAGAUGUUUUGUACUCACCACUGGACAUGAGACUGCUGAAAAAACACCAGACAAUGGGAAAAGAGUAUUUACCAUCAACAGCUGUGGGUUUGAAUGUGCUUGUGUGGCUGUUUGACUCAACAACCAGAAACAAUUACAUUCGACACUUGCCAAAAGCUUGGCAUUAUAUGGAGAAUGUCAUGAAGGGGACAUUGUUCAGGGGUUACAAUGUGGUUGGAAUCAACACAUUGCCAAAUGUGAUGCCUUUACAUUUGGGAUACUUCAACCAAACAUGGCUGCACACAGCUCAGAGGAGAUAUGCAGAGGACUCAGUCAUGGGAGCAUCAACACUUUUUUCCAGAUUUCAAAAAAGGGGUUAUGCAACUGGGUACUAUGAGGAUUGGCAGUUCCCAAGAGAACAUGGUACCUUUCAAACAUGGAUGCAUAUGAGGGGUUUCAAAAAUCCUAUGGCCCUGCAUCAUUCCAGAGCAUUUUUCAUCAACAGAGGAAGAACUACUGGUGAUACAACUCCUCUUUGCAUUGGCAAUUUAUCCAUGAACAGGUACAACCAGGAGUUGGUGAAAAAUUGGUGGAGCAGUUACAAGGAUGUUCCAAAAUACUUUUUCUACCAUGGGUCCACUUACACGCAUGAAGAUGAUGAGAACUUGUCAGUGAUUGAAGAAGAAUUCCUGGACUUUCUUCACUGGGCUAAUUCACAGCUUCAACACAAUACAGUUCUUGUGUUCAUGAGUGAUCAUGGAAAUUACAGAAGCAGUCCUUUGUGGCCUUCUCUGCAAGGACAGUUGGAUAUAUCUCUUCCAAUGCUAUACAUGGUGCUGCCAGAAUCCUUGAAACAAAGAUACCCACACAGAGUGUCAAAACUUGAAGAAAAUGCUGCUGAGAGAUUGUCAACCCCACUGGACCUGCACAAAACAUUGGAGCAUUUUUUGGACUUUUCAGCUAAUAAGCAAGCCAAGGUUGGUGAGGUUACCAAAUUUGGCAGUGAGGUAAAACGCUGGGUGGACCCAAGAGGACUGAGUCUAUUUUUGGAUACCCCCAAGAAGAGGACUUGUGAUGAUGCUGGGGUUGAUGUACAUUUCUGUGCCUGUUUGGAACCACAGAGGGUCAAAAAUGUUCAAGAAGCAAAGGCUAUAGAAAAAUGCACAAAAUCAGCACUGCGAAUGAUCAACACUCAUUUAACUGAUGAGCUUGGAAGCUUGAAAGUUAAUGCCACCAUUUGUCAAAACUGGGAACUGGUGGAAGUUUCAAAUGCUUGGCUUUUGAAAGGACCUGGUGUAACCUUGAAAGAAGUGAACAGGACUGUGGUCAAAGGUCAUUUCAUGAAAGAUGACUCCCACUAUUCAAUCUCUUUUGUGGCAAACCCUGGAGCUACAAAAUUCACUGCCACUAUCCAUUACAACCUUUUCUUUGAUCGCUGCUUAACCAAGUUGGAGCAAGUUUCCAGGAGAGACAGAGCUGCUGCUGUGCUUGUGAUACUUGUGUCCAUGUCCAUGCUUGUGUCCGUGCUUAUGACCAUGCUUGUGGCCAUGUUUGUGCCCAUGCUUGUGGCCAUGUUUGUGUCCAUGUUUGUGGCCAUGCUUGUGGCCAUGUUUGUGACCAUGCUUGUGUCCAUGCUUGUGGCCAUGCUUGUGUUUGUGGUUGUGGCUAUGCCAGUGUUUGUGAUGGUGCGGAAAAUCCAAGAGGAAAAUAGACCGGUUCUCGGAUCUGCGUUUCACAGUUGGCGCACUUUUUUUGCGGACGCGCCCACAAAACUGCGUCAUUUGUCACUUGGCUUGACUUUGUUGUGGGGAACAUCUUUCCUCCUCAUAGCAUAUGGUAGUCCUUGCGAUGACGACGAAGACGUUGAAACACUUGGAGGCUUGUGCCGAUUUUUGGCAAUCGCCACGGAAUUGCAGAGUCUGUUGACCUCCGCCACAAAAUCCCGACACAUGAGUUUUCCACGGAAAGCUGAUGGCGAAACUGCGCCGAUUUUGACGACAAGCGUCACAAGGGGACGGUUUCUCGCAGAAUCGACGCUGGUUUGCAGGAAAAACGCGUUUUCUGGAGGCAAAAUUGAGAAUCGUCUCCUGCACUUUGAUGCAUUGCUGACAAGGAAAGCAGCGAUGGGUUCCACCGAAAGCAGAGCUGCCAAGAACCACUGGAACGCGUUGAAGAUGGGCUGA